CAAAACCUACAUUGAAUUUUCAAUUAAACAAGAGUCUUUAGUGAAAGAGUCAUUUGUUUCCCUUCCUGACUAGUUUUGUGCUAAAAUAUUCAAGUCAGGAAGAAUAGAGGGAAUCGUUUUGUAUGAUUUUUUAUCACUCUUGCAUCUUUCUCGUGCAAGACAUGCAGGAAAUAAUUUUUUGGGAAGCUAAUUACCAUUUUCAAUAGUACCUGGAGUGUGAAUGACUCACACCCUGUUUUCAAGCUCGGCUACUAGAAACUCUGAAUUCCAUCGGAGAUUUGAAGGGUGACACUGCUAUAAGUGAUGGCCGACUUAAAAGCAGUUCAUUCCAGAGGUGAUACAGAUGAAGACGACGUGCUCCUCGAAAUGGAAGGCAAGAACGGUAACACUGAUUCUGGCAAUCCACUAGGACUGUACUUUGAAUCUGGGGGUCAUAAAAUCGACUACAUCUUGGUGUACGAACGGUGCCCAGAGGAUGAAGAGAAAGAUGACGAAGAGGCCAAGAAGGCUGAAGAACAUGAAGAGAAACGAGAGGCGUUUGAAAAAGCAUUAGGAGAGGAAGGUUUGCUGAUUGAACGAGACGAAAGCAUAUCACCUCAGCCGAGAGAAAAACCAACAACGAUGCAGAGACUACGUAAUAACUUGUGCUUGGGCAAGGAUAAAAAUGAACAACAUAUGAAAAAUAAACCCAACAGGAAACAAACCGAACACGCUGAAGCUACGGCAACUAAUGAGGCUUUUAAAAAAGACGAAGCAGAUAAACCUCUUGAGAUAAACGUUGAGCCAAUUAAAGUCGACCACAAGGACUGUAGAGAAGAGACAGAUUUGCAGCCAGAGGAUGUUAAAAAUGAUACUUCUAACAAAAAUAUUGAAAAACAGACAGAAGUACAGAUAAAAGAAACCGAUGCUAGCAGCACAGAUAUUAACAAGGAAGUUCACAGGACAUUUGUCAAGCUGCACAUUCCAUGGAAAACCUUGUCUAAGAAAGCUGAAGAAAUUAUGCUGAAGGCUCCCCUGAUGAAAAGCGAUAUCCAAGUCAAGUGCUGGGGCGAGAGAGUCUUAGGUAAACGCAUAAUGAAUGGUAUUCGUCGUCUGAAUCCUCUUACAAUCAAGGACAGCGUGAUAACAGAAAAACCCACCUAUUUCAAGGCUUACUACAAGCAAAGAAAACACGAUAAGUAUCUUGGCUCUAGUGAAAAUGAAAAGAUGUUUUCAACGUUAGAUCGUCAGUAUGCAGUGCAGAGGAYAUGCUUCACAACACGCUUUGCCGAGGGACCCAAGGGAGUUGGGCUCAAACACCUUCUCUAUCAAGGUGCCUAUGUGGCUGCAUACCCUCUUCAUGAUGGCGAUGAUGACGUCAAAGACGGACGCUUGCCUGAUAACGAUCGCCAAAGGCUGAAAAUGGAAUGGAGUCCCCUGAAGAGAAUGUUCAAGUACCAACCCUAUGAUACCAUCAAGGAUUACUUUGGCACUGCUAUCGCACUUUACUUCGCAUGGCUUGGAUUUUACACCGCCAUGUUAGUGCCGCUGUCCAUUGUUGGUCUGCUGGUCUUUAUUUAUGGGAUUGCUUCCGCGGGCUCAAGUCCUCCUGUCGUGGAUUCGUGUAAUGAUUCUUUGAAGGGUUACUUUUACAUGUGUAACCUUUGUGAUCGUCAGUGUUCGUACUGGGACCUAGUGACGACUUCCUGUGCUUAUGCUUAUGUAACGAACUUCUUCGACAACGAUGGCACCGUAUUUCUGGCCAUUUUUACAUCAGUGUGGGCUACUUUAUUUCUCGAGUUUUGGAAGAGACGUCAAGCUGUCCUUGCACACCAUUGGCACGUGGCAAAUUUUGAAGAGGAGGAGGAACAGAUUCGUCCAGAGUUUGCCACAACCGCCCCAACGCUUAGAAAGAACCCUGUGACUGGAUUGAUGGAGCCUCAUAUACCAAAGCGAACCUUGUACCAACGUUAUGGAGCCAUUGGUAGUAUCAUUACUUUCAUGAUCUUCCUUGUCAUCGCAGCUGUUGUUGGUGUAGUUGUCUAUCGUGGUGCUGUGUUCGCCGCCUUGAGUGCUGACCAAAACUUGACCAUUAGGAAGAAUUCUCGUAUCAUCACCUCCUGCACUGCUGCCCUCAUCAACUUGGUCUGCAUCAACCUGCUAAAGUUUCUUUACAUCCGACUGGCUGUUUGGCUGACCAAUUGGGAAAAUCCACGAACUAAGACAGACUAUGAGGACAGCUUCACCUACAAGAUGUACCUCUUCCAGUUUGUCAACACGUACGCCUCCAUAUUCUACAUUGCCUUCUUUAAGUCAGACCUUGUUGUGGGUACACCCGGGCUCAGUAAACGCAUCUUUGGAGGAAUUCGAUUGGAUGGCUGCAGUGAACAGGGAUGCUUCUUGGAAUUGUGCAUUCAAUUGCUCAUUAUCAUGGUGGGACAGCAAGUUAUUGGCAAUAUCACCGAGAUAGCUAUUCCAGCUCUUCAGACGUGGUGGAAAGAGCGUAAGGAACCCAAGAACAAGCAAUUGCCCCAGUACAUACAGGACUUCAACCUUAGUGCCCUUGAAGAGCAUUUUAUGUUCUGGGAGUACCUGGAAAUCGUUCUUCAGUACGGUUUCGUAACGAUGUUCGUGGCAGCCUUCCCUUUGGCUCCGCUCUUUUCUCUGCUCAAUUCAGUCAUCGAAAUUCGAGUGGAUGCAAUCAACUUUGUCACCCAGUUCAGACGACCUGAUACUGUGAUUGCAGAAGAUAUCGGCGCCUGGACACGUAUCCUCGAUGUCUUGACUCGCAUCUCUGUACUGGUCAACGCCUUCAUUCUCGCUUUUACCUCGGAGUUCAUCCCGAAGUUGGUGUACAAGAACAUGGGCGACGGGACAUUGAAUGGAUAUCUCAAUAACAGCCUUUCAAGUAUCAAUGUUUCGUAUUUUGAAGCAGGGUCCGAGCCUCACGAUAAGUACCAGAAUGGAUUGAACUACACGCGUCCUAUUUGCAGGUACAAAGGCUAUUACGAAUCCCAGCCACCAUUUGGCCCAACCAAAAYCUACUGGCACGUGAUCGCUGCACGCUUGGCUUUCGUGUUUGUAUUCCAAUACACAGUCUACGCCAUCACUGCCUUUAUUGCAAACGUCAUCCCUGACAAACCAGCCUCCUUAGAUCUCCGUAUGCGGCGAGAGGAGCACAUCACUAAAAAAGUACUGUAUGGCAAGGGAAACAAAGAUAACAGUGAUGAUGUUGAUUCUGGACACAGCAACAUGCUGUAGUGCUGCACGUCGAGAAAAACGCAGUUCGCUCGAUCAUUAAAGUGAAAUAGUAUUCAAAAAACUUGGUAAAUUCUUCCGACUAGAGACAACUUUUGAAUCCAGAUAAUUCAUUAAAAAAAAAAA